GUUGCAGAACCUGCAGGAGGACAGUGAAGACAGCACAGACAAUAGGAGUGUGCAGGAAAAUAAAGUAACAGAGGACAAUAAAAAAAACACUGUUGAGAAAGAACCCCAUAAGUCCCUGAUAGACGUCUGUGCAGCUAAAGACGAAGCCAGUCCUUCAUCAACAGAUGUGGAGCCAGCAUCGGAGAGGAGAGACCUGGAGAGUCCAGUCUCCCAACCUAUCACCCAACAACCAGAGCCGCAAGCUCCAGAUGCCACGACCAGCACCGCAGAUCAGGCCGCUGCAGCAGCAGAAGAAGUAGAAGGAGGGUGUGGAGGGAGCUGUGGUGGAGGCCCGGGUGAAGCUCCGGUGCUGAGGGUUGAAGAUGUGGGGCAGGGACAAGGCCUGAACAUCCCCCAAAUUAUCACAACCACAGAAUCAGAGUUCAGCACUCUGGGUGUCCUGCCAGCAAAGCUCAGCCCCGCAGGGGAUCUGUCUGCCGACGAGGACGAUGAGGAACUGAUGAGGACCGGUCUGAAGACCUUGUCCGGUCAGGGAGAGCUGCUGACUGCAGAUGAUGAGACGCGUCCUCUCUCAGCAGCCAGCGUUGGCAGCGUGGUGAUCCAGGACCGUCUGUACGAACUCGUCAAGCAGUUUAAAGGUCGGACAGAUCGGCAGAAAGAUCGGAUGGCGGACCCAGACCUGUCUGAGGAAGAAAGUCCCUCAGCCUGUACGUCCGACUUCUUUGCCUUUUUUGUUGAUGUGAUUGUUUUAGUGGGGACGCAAUGCACCAUGGGCGGGGAUUUGCGACCCUGUGUCCCCCCUUAGC